UCCCAGUCCCAGCACGUUCUUGGAGAAAUCAGAGACCUACUGGAGGGAAGGGCACGGCCUGUCUGCAUUCCGGGUUCUCAGCAUAGCUGCCCAACCCCGGCGGCGGCUGGCCAAGUAACUAGUGGAACCGCGGAACUGGGACAAGUGUGGAAGGACAAUUAAGAUAGGGGUCGGAAUUCGGUUAGUGGGCACGGGUGUGUGCAGGCCGACGAGGUGGGAAGCUAGGAGCAAGCGCGCCUGCGGACUCUGCACCUGGACAUCUCCCUCUGGAACUUCAGGAUGGUUUAUGCUAAGAGCUGGACCCUGAAGAAGCACUUCGAAGGCAGCCCCACUCAUGGUAACUUUGAGUUGAAAACAGUUGAACUCCCACCCUUAAACAAUGGAGAGGUCCUGCUGGAAGCUUUGUUCCUCACUGUGGAUCCUUACAUGAGAGUGGCAGCCAAAAGAUUGAAGGAGGGUGAUACGAUGAUGGGGCAGCAAGUGGCCAGAGUUGUGGAAAGUAAAAACUCAGCCUUCCCAACAGGAACUAUGGUAGUGGCUUCUUCAGGCUGGACAACUCACUCCAUUUCUGAUGGGAAAGAUCUGGAAAAACUGCCUGCAGAGUGGCCAGACACAUUACCAGUGUCUUUGGCUCUGGGAACAGUUGGCAUGACAGGGCUAACAGCCUACUUUGGCCUACUUGACAUCUGUGGUGUGAAGGGUGGAGAAACAGUGAUGGUUAAUGCAGCAGCAGGAGCAGUGGGCUCUGCUGUGGGCCAGAUAGCUAAGCUCAAGGGCUGCAAAGUUGUUGGAGCAGCAGGGUCUGAUGAAAAAGUUGCCUACCUUAAAAAGCUUGGAUAUGAUGUUGCCUUUAACUACAAAACAGUAGAGUCUUUGGAAGAAACUUUGAAAAAAGCCUCUCCUGAUGGUUACGAUUGUUAUUUUGAUAACGUAGGUGGAGAGUUUUCAAACAUUGUUAUCCCCCAGAUGAAGAAGUUUGGAAGGAUUGCUAUUUGUGGGGCCAUCUCUGUGUAUAAUACUACUCGCCCACUUCCCCCAGGCCCACCCCCAGAGAAUAUCAUCUAUCAGCAACUCCGCAUGGAAGGGUUCAUUGUCACCCGCUGGCAAGGAGAUGUCCGUCAGAAGGCUCUGAAAGACUUGCUGACAUGGGUCUUAGAGGGUAAAAUCCAGUACCGUGAAUACAUCACUGAAGGGUUUGAAAACAUGCCAGCUGCAUUUAUGGGAAUGCUGAAAGGUGAAAAUUUGGGGAAAACAAUAGUGAAAGCAUGAAAAAAAAAAGACACAUGGAAUCUAGAAUUCAUUUGGAUGAUUACCACGUCUUUUUAACCAUUUAGUAAAAAUACAUACUGCCUUCAUUAUCUAAAAAUUGUAAUGAGUUUGAUCUAUCUAAUAAAACACAUUUAAGUGGUA